GGCUAAGCUGCUCAAAAAAACACCUUGCACGACGGGGGCGCUGCGCAGCAGUUCGCUAUGCCCCUCAGAUUAGUUGUAUUCGAUUUCGAUCAGACCCUAAGCGCGGUGCACGUCUACAAUUCCCUUGCCGGCGGCACGGAGGCGGGGCUCCCGGGCCCCGCCGCGUGCAGCGAGCUAGGGCAGCUGUCGCGGGUCCUGGAGCUAAGUCACCACCCGCAGCUGCAGCAGCAAGGCGGCUUCGCGGCGGCCUGCUUUGGCGGCCUGGCGCGGGUGGGGCGCCUCGCGGCGAUGCUGGAGAGCCUCUCGGGGGCCGCGGAGCAGCUGCGCGACGCCGGGGUGGAGUGCAUGAUCUGCUCUCGAGGCCUCGUCGGGCCGCUGCAGAAGCUCCUGGACCAGUUGGGACUUCUGCAGUUCUUUUCCGAGGUGUAUGCCAACAUUGGCGACACCUAUGGGCAGACAGGUUACGACAGGGAGGUGCAGCGCGCCGCUUUGGGCGAGGACAUCCGGUUCUUGGGCACACAGCAGCAGUCCCAGUGGAGUUCCAAGCGGCAGGUAGUCGAGAUUGCCAUCCGCAAGCGGGGCUUGAGCCGAGAGGAGGUGCUCUUCGUGGACGACCAGGCCCACGAGAUCAAGUCCAUGCAGGGCGCCUGCCGCAGCUUGCAGGUGUAUCCACCCCGCGGCAUUGGGGAGGGGCAGAUGAGCGAGAUCUUGCGUCACGCGCAGCGCCAACCCUGGGCGCGGCCAGCUCCACGCGGUCCAACCGCUGAGAGACGGGGGAGCAGCAGGACUGCGGCUACACCUAGCCCCGUAGCUUCGCAAGGCAGCUUCCUGGCGUACUCCACACCGCCAGGUAAGGAGAGCAAAGGGAAGUGGCUGCCUGCCCUGCCCGGGCGGAAGGCGCCGGAUCGCGGGCGUCGCGCCUUGUGGUGUUGCCCACAGUGACGCGACCGUUCACCCAGUUGUCCAGUGGCCCCGACACCCAGUGCAU